UCUGAGAAAAAAACGGGAAGAAGCUUGAGCUUGUCACUAGCUUAGAGGAAAAUGUUAACUUCAUCAAUGCCUCAUCGUCAUGUACCUCAAAACCUAAGCCUUUUCGGAUUUUCUCCUCUCAAGUCUUCUUCUUUCGCGCUUUUUCUCAGACCCUUUUCUCUCUACCCACCAAUCUUCGCUUCUUCUUCUCCGAGUCCGAGUCGUCGUCCUCCUCGCACCGCCGGUUACCGUCGCAGUGACCCUUCUCAUCCUCCAAGACGCAAGUGGAGUAGUUUAGAAGAGCAGAAGAGAAAAGGUAGGUCUCCGAUGGAGAAAGAGAAAGCUAGUAGUUUUAAUCAUUCUUCUGAUUCUUUCGAGUUUAAUAAGAGAAGAGCUGAGGGAUUGGAUAAGAUUGAUAAGCCUAAGAAGAAUCUCAAGAGGAAUACUCGCACCCUUAAUCCUACCAACACCAUUGCCUAUGUCCAGAUCCUUGGGACUGGAAUGGAUACACAGGAUACAUCACCUUCUGUAUUACUCUUCUUUGAUAAACAAAGAUUCAUCUUUAAUGCUGGAGAGGGGUUGCAACGUUUUUGUACAGAACAUAAAAUUAAGUUAUCAAAGGUAGAUCAUAUCUUUUUGUCUCGCGUGUGCUCAGAGACAGCGGGUGGGCUUCCAGGUCUUCUACUGACUCUAGCUGGUAUCGGUGAAGAAGGACUAUCCGUAAACGUGUGGGGUCCUUCGGAUCUUAAGUAUUUAGUUGAUGCUAUGAGGUCAUUUAUCCCUCGUGCUGCAAUGGUUCAUACAAGAAGUUUUGGUCCAUCAUUGAAUGCAUCUGACUCCACGCCUCAGAGUGGCUUAAGUAAACCCAAAGAUGAUGCCUAUGUUCUUGUGGAUGACGAAGUUGUGAAAAUCUCCGCCAUUCUCUUAGAACCAAGUCACUUAGAGGAAUCCGGCAGCAAACCUGGUGAAACGGCAGUUAUAUAUGUAUGUGAAUUACCUGAAAUCAAAGGAAAGUUUGACCCAAAGAAGGCCAUGGCUCUUGGACUGAGAGCUGGUCCAAAAUACAGUUAUCUUCAAUCUGGACAGUCAGUCAAGUCAGAUUUUAAAGAUAUUACGGUUCAUCCGAGUGAUGUCAUGGGACCUUCAGUUCCUGGUCCUGUUGUUUUGCUUGUGGACUGUCCAACAAAGUCACAUGCCGAGGAACUGCUAUCUAUACCGUCUAUGAAAAGUUAUUAUUCAUGUCUUGACAAUUCAACAGAUGGAGCUAAGCUUGUUAAUUGUAUUAUUCAUCUAAGUCCAGCUUCUGUAACAAAUAGUUCUACUUACCAAAGCUGGAUGAAGAGAUUCCAUUCUGCCCAGCACAUUCUCGCUGGACAUGAAGCGAAGAAUAUGGAGUUUCCAAUCCUGAGAGCCAGUUCUAGAAUCACAGCCAGACUUAACUAUUUAUGCCCACAGUUCUUCCCUGCGCCUGGAUUUUGGUCUCCUCAACAUGUUAAUAACUCAAUAAACUCCACUUCUUUGAGCAAGUGCUUCGAUUCGAAUCUUGGUGAAAGCAUUUCCGCUGAAAAUCUCCUCAAGUUCACUUUGCGUCCACAUAGUAAUCUUGGGGUAGACAGAACUUGUAUCCCUAGUCGAUUGACAUCCUUACGAGUGAUGGAUGAGCUUCUUUCAGAAAUUCCUGAGAUCAGCAGUAAGACCGAAGAAAUCAAGCGGUUAUGGAAUGGACAACACAACAAGAUGAUGAUCGAAGAGCCAUGGCUGGGUGAAAGCACUGUUCCAAGCUGUCUUGAAAACAUUAGAAGAGAUGACAUGGAGAUAGUUCUUUUGGGCACUGGUUCCUCCCAACCCUCAAAAUACCGAAAUGUCACCGCAAUUUACGUCGACCUAUUCUCUAGAGGCAGUAUUCUCUUGGAUUGUGGGGAAGGUACCUUAGGCCAGCUUAAACGAAGAUAUGGUUUAGAAGGAGCUGAUGAAGCAGUCAGAAACUUGAGAUGUAUAUGGAUCUCUCACAUCCAUGCUGAUCACCAUACGGGUCUUGCAAGAAUCCUUGCUCGCAGACGUGAGCUUCUGAAAGGAGUGGCUCAUGAGCCAGCAAUUGUGGUUGGACCGAGACCGCUUAAGAACUUUCUCGAUGCAUAUCAAAGACUCGAGGAUUUAGAUAUGGAGUUUCUUGAUUGCAGGAACACCACAACAACUUCUUGGGCUUCUCAAGAAACCACCCGCCCUGAGAAAAAUACCAAUAGCGGUAAUGCAGAGGGUUCUUUGUUCAGUAAAGGAAGUCCAAUGCAGAGUAUUUAUAAAAGAUCAAGUACCCCACUGACUGACAAUUCUUCAGCUUUACCAUUCUUGAAGAAACUGAAAAAUGUCCUAGGCGAAAUGGGUUUGGAGGAUUUGAUUAGCUUUCCUGUUGUGCAUUGCCCUCAAGCCUUUGGGUUUGUUGUAAAAGCAGCGAAAAGAAAAAACAUUGCCGGAGAUGAGAUUCCUGGGUGGAAAAUGGUUUACUCAGGUGACACAAGGCCUUGUCCUGAGAUGGUUGAAGCUUCAAAAGGAGCAACUGUUCUUAUACAUGAGGCGACAUUUGAGGAUGCGUUGGUAGAAGAAGCUGUGGCUAAGAAUCAUAGCACAACUAAAGAAGCAAUCAACGUUGGAUCUUCAGCAGGUGUAUACCGAACAGUACUGACCCAUUUUAGCCAGAGAUACCCAAAGAUCCCGGUUAUUGACGAGUCGCAUAUGCACAAUACAUGCAUUGCCUUUGAUAUGAUGAGUGUAAACAUGGCGGAUCUACAUGUCCUUCCAAAGAUUUUACCUUACUUCAAAACUCUAUUCAGAAACCAAGUGGUUGAAGAAGAAGAAGAAGAGACUGAUAAUGAUAGCUUAAUGAGUGACAAAGUCCCAAGCUUUUUCAUCAAUUAGUUACUUUAGAAUGCUCUGUUUUGUCCCCUGUUUUUUACUGUGUUGUAUUGUCUUUAGAAUAUAUCAAUUUAAUUGAUUUUUCCUGUGA